UUCCUCAUUAGCUUAUUGAAUGCAUUUUUCCUAACAAUUAUAUAUACCUCGCGUGAGUGCGCUUAUGAUCAUUUUUUCGUAAUCAUCAAUAUAAUAUAUACAGAACGUAAUCGACGCCAGCGUUGUUGUUUCGUUUACAAUUCAACAAGAACACGGCAGCAGUUUCUUGAGUGCAAUCGCCUGGAUUCGUUCCUUUCCCUUCUUUUAGUUCACGUGUCCCGUCUGAUCAAUAUAAUAGUGUGUUAAUCAUAUCAACAAAAGGUUUGAUGAUAUUUUCUUGGUUUGUUUUUUUUUUUUGAAAUUAAAUAUUAAAACUGCAUAACAUCAUAUCUACAAUUUUUCGAUUUCAUCAGAAUCAUGGGAGUUCAAGACAUAAUGCUGUCGGACGUGGAGGAAUUACCAUCAAUCAAAGUUGGUAAUUUCGUUCUUCAAUUUGAACUUGGUCCACCGAGUCCUGAACUUCAAGAAGUUGCAAGACAAGAACUCAGGGAAUCUCCAGAAUUACAGAAAGAAGCAAUGUCUCGAUUACAGGAAAUACUUAGAGCCGAGCCCGAUCUCUAUUGUCCAUUGGAAAAUGAGGCUUGGCUCAUAAGAUUUUUGAGACCAUGCAAAUAUUAUCCCGAGUCAGCAGCGAAAUUAGUGAAAAAUUAUUAUAGUUUUAAAGUAAAACAUUCCAAUGUUUAUUUAGGUCUUAAACCAAGUAACGAGAGAAAUAUUUUCGAACACAAUAUUCUCACUGUAUUGCCAAAUCGUGAUCAACAUGGACGACGAAUGUUGAUAAUAGAAUUAGGCAAAAAAUGGAAACACAAUAAAUGUAAUCUCGAUGAAGUAUUUAAGGGUUGUGUUUUAUAUUUGGAGGCAGCAAUGUUGGAGCCAACGUCGCAAAUUGCCGGUGCAGUUGUUAUAUUUGAUAUGGAUGGAUUGUCACUACAGCAAACAAUGCAAUUCACACCACCAUUCGCUAAGAGAAUAGUUGAUUGGCUUCAGGAUGCUGUUCCAUUGAGAAUUAAAAAUAUACAUAUCGUUAAUCAACCUUAUAUAUUCAAUGUGGUCUUCAAUCUCUUCAAACCAUUUUUAAGGGAAAAACUCAAAUCAAGGAUAAUAUUCCAUGGUACUGAUAGAAAAUCUUUGCAUCAGCACAUGUCACCAAAAAGUCUUCCAAGUUGUUACGGAGGUACUUUAGAUAUUCCAACAAUAUCUGGACCACAGUGGCUGGAACUUUUACUUAAAUGUGACAAGGAAUUUGAUGCUAUCAACUCUUACGGUUACAAGAAAAAAUAAAUUUCACGAAAAUUCUUUUCUUUGGAGAAAACUUCUUUGAUAGUUGAAGAUUCAAAAUUUCGAAUUUAAAAAAAAAAAAGACAUAUCCUUCAACUGCCUUUAAUUGCUCAUUUUUUUAGUGUAUAUUUCUAUUUAUAUUGUGUUUUUAAUAUCGUGAUAAAAA